GCAGCUGGCAUGCAGCUGAUUUGUCUGGAGGGUUUCACAGGAAAGUGUGGCAUUCACGACCCAGCGCUCAUGCAGUACGGUCCGUCCACAGCCUGCUUGCCAGCCUCCACUGCUCUGGCCAGAUCCCAAACACACUCAGAGAGAGCAAGAGAGAGAGGAGAGCAGAUGUGCUGAGUGUGACAGAGGAGGGAACAGUAAGGUGAACUCUAAAGGGGAAUCCUGAGAGCAGAAAGAAAGGCGAGUAAGGACACAGAACUUUCCACUGCUUAUAUCCUUCCACAUUCCACAUUAUUUUACCACAUAGUCAAGCUUUUAAACAUGGAAGUGAUUGAAGACAGCCAUCUGCACCUGGAGGUGCCUGACCCACACAGAUCCCUUACUGAGAUCUCAGAAGAUGAAAUCAACCUCCCAGCCUCUGACGAAGAAGACGAGGUCGCCGCCGAAAACAAAGCAACAGUUUCUGAUGAGAAAGAAGAGGUAGGAGAGGGAGACAAAGGUGAGAUGAAUGGAGUCAUGGUCUUGGCACUGCUGGACAAAAUCAUCGGGGCCGUGGACCAGAUCCAGCAGACGCAGGCCGGGCUGGAAAUCCGUCAACGGGAGAUGGACAGAUCCGUAACGGGCAUCCAGGGGGAACUCACCAAACUGUCCAAAAGCCACAGCACCACAGCCAACCAGGUCAACAAGAUGCUAGAGAAGGUGCGGAAAGUCAGUGUGAAUGUGAAGACCGUGCGGGGGAACCUAGAAAAACAGGCCGGGCACAUCAAACGGCUGGAGAGCAAUGAGAACGAACUUCUGAAGAGAAGAAACUUUAAAGUCAUGAUCUACCAGGACGAAGUGAAAAUACCUUCAAAAGUCAGUGUGGCCAAGUCCAUGAAGUUUCCAGAGCCUUUGGAAGGAGAAGCUGAAGGUGAACACAAAGCGGCAGCAGAGGAAGAAGGAGAGGACAAAGAGAAAGUCCAUCUGGACUUGUCCUCUGAUGAAGAGGAGGUGGAGAUUGAUGAGACCAUUGAGGAGUCUCGAGCAGAGCGCAUCAAACGGAGCAGCCUACAACGUGUCCAGAACAUCAAAACCGUUUUCUCCAAUUACAAAAUGGAGAAAACCAAGCAAAAGACCAAGGAGAAUUUGGAGAAGACCAAACAGAAGACCAAAGAGAAUUUGGAGAAAACUCGCAUGAAGACCAAAGAGAACUUGGAAAAAACCAGGCAGAAGACCAAGGAGAAUCUUGAGAAGACCAAACAGAAAACCAAAGAGAACCUGGAGAAAACACGUCACAAUAUAGAGAAAAAGAUGGGCAAACUCGGCAAUCGGAUGUCUGUGAACCCCGAGCGCAAGGAGAAGAUCAAGUCCUCGCAGAAGAAGAUGGUGAAGUCUUUCACUCCUGACCACACCAUCUAUGCUCGCUCCAAAACGGCUGUCUACAAGGUUCCCCCGUUCACCUUCCAUGUGAAGAAGAUUCGUGAAGGAGAAAUGGAGAUCCAGGGAACCGAGAUGGUGGAAGUCAUUGGGGAAGCAGAGGAGGUGGAAAAUGCAGUGAUGGAGGGAAGAGAAGAUGAGGAGAUGGAGAUGGAUGAUGGCGAUAUGGUGGAGGAAGAUGACGAGACAGAAGAUAGUCCUGAGAUGAGAGCGCUACUGGAGAGGGGAGAAGAGCUGGUGUUAGUGGAAGACCAUGAUAGAGAUAGCGAUUAGUGUGUAUAUGGGCGCAUACACAUUAGAGAAACUUGUUACAGAACAUUUUACUGGUAGGAUUAAGAUUGCUAUCAAGUGCCAAAUUUGAUUUCUAAAAGCUCAUCUCUCUAAGAUUCUGAUCAAUUAAUUGAUACCUAAAGAAGUUUUGGUUACUUAACAGAGCAUCAGUUUCACCAAACCCUGAUUAUUUUCUGCUACAUCUUUGUGGAGCAAGAUCCCCAUUAAAGUGUUUGCGGCGUUCUCUGACAUAGCAUAACUUCUAGUGUGUAGGUGCCCUAAGCAUGUGUGCUGUACUGCUAGUCCAGAUAUUGGAUUCUGCAGGAAAAUGUGAAUGUGUCUGUUUGCAUGUGUUUAUUUGCUUCUUUUAUAGCAGCAGACUUUUUCAAUCAAGGUGACUUCGUUCACCCAGUGUUUGUGUGAGUAAGUGAUUACUGUACUAGUCCAAAUGACCUUAGUUCCUUGAGUUCAUCUUGUUUGGUAAGGGUAAGGGGUGGGGACUAGGCGUUGCCAGCCAAUAAGAUGCAACAUGGUAUAUGGGAACAUUAUUGAGCUACAUGGACAGCAUGAACAUAAAAUUGCAACUAUAUGAAACAGAUAACGGGUGGCUUGAUCAAAAGAACAACAGACUUUUUGGACAGGUAUUUUUUUUUUUUAUAAAGUAAGACCAAUUAUUUUUCUUCUUUUUCUAGUCUCACAUGUAAGAGCCACAGACUGUUCUUCACCUUUCAUAGAAGGUGGAGGAACAAACCAAGAUAAGAAAACCUGAAGUAUUGCUUCUAAGUGCUCAUAUAUAUCUUUUAUAUUUCUCAGAGUUUAACGAAUAAUGUUACAUUUCCUUACAACAGGCUGUCUUAGUUAAACUGUCACACUGAUUAUUUUAGGUCUCAGUGUGACAAAUUACACAAAUAGUAAACAGUAUAAAAAUGGAAGAAUAUGAAAAAGCAUUUUAACAUCCAAAAUGAUUAUGUGAAUACAUGUUUUUGUCCUUUUGCAUGAGGUUUACUGGAAACUCCCAAAUCAUACC